UCUCUUUACGCUACAAAUAAAAGUCAGUUUUUAUGGCUUACUGUGUUUUUAAACUAUCUGUUAUGGUCUUCAGCUCAGUUUUCUGUGAUAUCAGAUAUUUACUACUUGUUAAUCCAGAAAACGUAUAUACCUUAUGUAUCGAAGAUCUAACUUCAAUACACUCAAAAUGAAAACCUAGCUGACAAUUUUAGAGUAAUUAGUGAGUAGGUCAAUAUUUUGGAAAGCCGUUGCACAAAGUUGAACCUUAAACACGUUUGAGGAGACCACUGUGGAUGUUUUCUAGAAGUUUCUGCACAAAAAUGUGGCUUUUUAUCUACAUUUUCCGGAGGUAACAGAUCUGAGGUCUAGAUCUCAUUGAAACACAUCCCAUUUUUUCUGGCUAAGUAGAAAUAUUGCCAGCAAAGCUUUUAGCAAGUAUUUUUACAAAUUGGGUUUUCUCAAAGGGUACAUACAUAUGGCACUGCAGUACAUAAAUUUUCAUUGCUUGUGAUUUGACGUUUGCAUCCUCGGUUACAUCCGUCGUAUAUUUAAGCGCUGCUGACGAGAAUCCACGAAGUUAAUGAACUCACCUUACUUUGCUACCCUUGUUGUUCUUGCUUGGUUCAAAUUUACCGAUGGGAAGAAUUGUAUGGAGAAAGUAACAAGUUGAGAGUCGGCAAAAUAUCUCAUUAUUCGGUUAGUUACAUAUGUCAUCAAAGAAACCACCCAAAGCAUUGUACGUUCCACCAGCUUUAAGAGCAAACAAAAAUGCGAGCGAAGUCAAAAAAGAGUUAUCCUUUUUAGAAUCUCCAAUAUCAUAUGCUUCCGUGAAUGAACAAACUGAUGUAGAACAACAAUUAAAAUCACUUACACUUUCUGACAGCUGUAUUGAUGACGACGAAUGUGUACUCAAAAAAAAACUUUUUAAUCAAAAGUUGUCACAUAAUGAUAGCGACAGUGAACCAAUCAUAAGGUUGAAAGAUUUCCAACAUAUUUUAGAGUUAUACAACUUUUCAAAAGACUUUCAAAAUUUUCACUUAGAAGCGGAACUCACAGGAUUUGAAGAUAGUGGAUUUUACCUUAAAUGGGUCGAUGAUACUCAUUGUCUAGCUGUAUUUUCUUCAAAUGAUGAAGCAAAUCGUGCAUUGGCUCAAAUAUCAGGACUUUUCAUGAAGGCUCGUAAAAUUAAGGACGCUUCUUUGGCUAGCAAGUUGAAGAUUGCUCGUUCACCUGGUGACUGGACUAUGCCGUAUAAAAAACGACCAGUUACGACUAGCUCAACAGCUCGAAGAUUAAUUUCCAAUCAUUUGGGUAUUGUUCCUACUAAAAUCAAAUCUCCUGAGGAAACUACGAAAGAGGAACAAGAUAAAGCUGUUUUACGAGAAGCACGUGCUCGUGCGGAAGCUAUUCGUCAGGCACAGAAAUCUCUAUGGGAAGACGAUUAAUGUGACAAAUACAAUUGUUUUGGAAUUAUUCCUGUAAAAAAAGUGAUUUUUUGCCUUUGGAAUUCUAUCUAUUUAUAGUGAGAAAAAAUAUCUUUGCAUUCGACUAAAAAUCCAUAUAAUACUCAUUAGGUAGUAUCAUGAGUAAUAUCUAACUUAUAUUUCUUCCAACACUGACUUGUUAGUUUAUCAUUUUUCUACUCUAUCUAUCUGUUUACAUGCCAACACUUUAUGCCUUUUCGUUUGUGUAGUGUAAAUUGAAUAUGGCAAUAAUAAAUCAUGGAACUAUCUUCAUCAUAUGUAUCUAUUUGACAUGCUUCUUGUUAUCUUUGCAAAUCAUCUAAUUGUAUUUUUAAUAUUUUUUUAUUGUUCUAUAUAUGCGUUUAUGGU